CCCAGGAUAUAUUAAUUAAUACGCUUUUGUUAACUCUCUUUGUAUUGUUUUUUUUUGGCAAAGUAAAUUAUGUUUGGAGACAGCAAAACACGUGCCGCUCACGUGUGUGUGAUGUAAAUGCUUGGCUUUCAUCGUAUAGAAAUGCACUUCGUAUUUUUAUUCGAUCGUCUGUUAAUCUCAUCAGCCCAAUGGCAAAUUUGUCAUCCAGCAUAGCGAUAUGGAUAUAGGAAGAUACGAGGGGGCUCCAUCAUCUGUGCCGAGCAAUAAGCCACGAGCAUGUGACGCAUGCCGCGCAAGAAAGGCUCGGUGCGAUCGUGCAAUACCAUGCUCGAAUUGCCGGCUCCACGGCACUGAGUGCCACUUUUCUCUAUCAGUGCCGCGAGCGGCGCGGGAUAGGACCCCAACUUCAAGCCGCUAUGAAGAAAAGGUGGUCCAGAUCGAUGGCCGUCUAGUCUCUAUUGAAAAGAUGCUUCAAGAGCUGACGGCCAGGGACAAGGACACUCAGCGGAGCCAGGAUGUCUCCAGCGCAUCAUUUUCACAGCGGGCUGCCCAGAGCGAAGUACAGCAAAAAUUGCCCGAGUACUCUCCAUCUCCCUUACUUCAGGAAGCAAACGAUGUGCAUGGCCGUACUACUCUCCUCGGUCACUCGAUCCAUGCGAAAUCGGUGUUUGAAAUGCUUACUUCGAGCACCUCGCUCCGGCGGGAUCCGAACAUGUUGGAAGCUCUGACCGCACUUCAGAAUGUUAUUAGGACUCAGAGCGAUCGCUCACCACUCCAUGACUUACGCUUCACGCCUGCGCGGAAUAUAACAUCUUUAUCUUUGUCGGACUUUGAACUGCCACCUGCUGAGGUGGUUGAAGAUGUGUUGCGUUUUGCCAAUAAGAAUAUCCCUCGGAUUUUCUUAAAAUUGCCUCUGAUGGAUGUAUCGAACUUUGCAAGUCUUUGCAGAGGCCUUUAUAGUUCUACGCCCGACGUUUCUCCUGCUCUGUUUGCUCUGGUGAACGGAGGUCUGUAUUAUAUGUUUGCGGAACAAGAUGUGUCGAGAUCAGAGGAGCAGACGUCUGACUUUCGCCGCUUUGCAUCUAUGUGUCAGUUGAAUUUUGAGGUGGUGUUGGAGAACUUUCAUCUAUCUACAAGUCCGUCAUUGGAAGCUUGCCAAGCGUUAGCCUUAGGGGCUUUUCACGCAACAGAGAGCGUUAAACCGUAUCUCUGUCGCCUAUUAUCAAUGGCGGCGGCACAGAUGAGCCAGACGCUAGGUUACCAUCGUAUACCGGCCGGAAUCUAUGUAACAAAAGAGAUCCAGGCGAAGAAGCUUGCAUUCUGGAACAUUUUCUGUCUGGAAAGAUCUCUCUCCCUCCGAUUAGCAUAUGUUCCUACUUUACAGGACUGCGAUAUAUUGACAACACUUCCGUCAUAUCCCGAAGAUGUAAGCCUCUACUCAUGGCAUGCCGUCUGGGUAAGUUGGGUUGACAUAACGAAAUUUCAAGGGAGAGUAUUCACUGAGCUGUAUUCUGGGGCUGCCAUGUCUUUGCCAGCAGAAUACCGCAUCGGCCAGGCUCACAAGUUAGCCGCAGAUAUUAAAGCUUGGCAUGAACGAUGGAUUUCUUUUCAACAUAAUCAUGCUAUAUAUUUCGAUGUUCUCCAAGCAGCUCUUGAGGCAACAGAGGUUGUGUAUCACGGUCUUCUCACGGUCACCUACCGCGUUAUACCUCCGCCUACAUCCGAAACCGUGGUAUUUUGCUCUGAAUGCGUGACAUCUGCCAGGAAAGCGCUAGAACUCCACCAUAUAGCAGCUGCACGCUAUAAAGGCAGUAAAGACGUCUGGAGAGGUUAUACUAACUGGACGCUGAAUUCCAGCCCAUUCGCCCCCUUUCUAAUUAUAUUCUGCGAAGCUGUUACAACGAAGGACUUUACCAGCCUCCGCUCUCUAGGCGAUUUUGUUGCAUCCAUUGAGCCCUUUAGCGCCGCCACUGAAAUUACCGAUCGCCUGUAUCAACUCUGCUCCACGUUUUAUAAUGUCUUAAAGGCAUACCUUCAACAAUCGCAGAGUACUUCCAGCACCAGUGGGGAAGGCAUUCUAUCUACGGAUAGCCUUCCUCAGCUGAACCUAGAGUCCGCACCACAGAUAAACUGGAAUAUUCAGCAUACGCAACCACUAUAUGGUCCUGAUGGCGGGAUUUUGCAAUCAAAUCAGAUGCCUAACAUAGAGAAUUGGGGAUCUUGGCCGGUAGAUGACUUAUUUGGUCAAGACUUUUCCAUGAUUAGCGGAUGGUAGGCCCUUACAAUACUGCUGGCGUUAUUUUGUUCCAGCGGAUUAUACUCUUGUACAAUAUUAUUUUGAUAGUUGACAUUAUUUAUUUGCACAUACGCUAGAUUUUCUAAAGUAGAACUUGCCCCAUACUACAAACCUUAAUCUUCACAUCAUAAAUUCUAG